AUGAUCAUCUACAAGGACAUCCUCACCGGCGACGAGGUCAUCUCCGACUCGUACGACCUCACGGAGAUCGACGGCAUCGUCUACGAGGCCGACUGCGCCAUGAUCACCGAGGGUGCCGUCCAAGUCAACACCGGUGCCAACGCUUCCGCCGAGGGUGGCGAUGACGAGGCUACUGAGGAUGCGGAUAUCAAGGUCAAUAACAUUGUCCACUCCUUCCGCCUCCAGUCUACCUCGUUCGACAAGAAGGGCUACCUCGCCUACCUCAAAGGCUACAUGAAGGCUGUCAAGGCCGCGCUCCAGGAGAAGAAAGCCCCCGCCGAGACCAUCACCGCCUUUGAAAAGGGUGCCCAGACCUAUGUCAAGGAGAAGCUACUUCCCAACUUCAAGGACUUUGAGUUCUACACCGGCGAGUCCAUGAACCCCGACGGCCUCGUUGUCCUCCUCAACUACCGCGAGGACGGUGUUACCCCAUACAUCAUUGUCUGGAAGCAUGGCCUCACCGAGAUGAAGGUGUAA